AUGGGCACCUGGCACCCAGCUGGACCUAGGGCUGCUUCUCUAAUCGAGAGAACAGAGCGAGAAGUGACCGAUGACACUCCUGAGAUUCGGAGCACUGAGAGCAGAGCCGCGGGCUUCCCCCGAGACAGCGCUGAGGGCCAGGGAAGUGGGCGGAGACCGCUGCUUCCCAGGGGCCCAGGUGGAGCCCCCGCCCUCCAGAUUCUGGAGGAAGCGGACAGCAGGACUUGGAAGCAACGAGGGGGCCGCCCCCAUCGCUCCCCGGCUGCCCUCUCACCCCGCCCAGGGCCCCACGCCGUCCGUGGACGGAGGGACCUCAGGCUGCCCUGGGAACGGGCCCCGACCCUGCUUCAGACGGCGCGGGUGGGGGCAGGAGCUCCAGAGCACGGUCCGCGCCUCCUGCGGGGGGUGGGGACGAAGGGCUCCGGGGGCCUGAGACCCAGGCCUGCCGUGGCCGCGCGCCCGGGGCUCUCGCCUCUGCCCGCGAGCCUCUCUCCCCUGCCCCACGAGACAGAGGGCACAGGCUUCCAGCCUGACCAAGAAGAUGGCCACACGCGUGGACCGCCUCUCCUUCUCAAAACCGCCUGCCACCGCGGAAGUUCAAAGGGAAGAGAGGCAGAGAGACAUCAAGGAAGCCCUGGAAGAUGCAGACCGGUGAGGGAGCGGCUUGACGGAGGAGAAGAGAAGGAAGGAAGGAACACGUGGCGCCCCCGGCCAGAGCGAGGUGCACAGCGAGCCCAGCCCGUCCGGCCCGAGCCCAGCGAGGCCCCGCCACGGCGGCAGAAUCUAGAUGGAGAAGGAAGGCACUACGUACUGGAGACCCCCUCAAAGAUGCCAACAGAAGUGAAAGGACCACGACAUAAGGACAUGUCCAACCAUAGAUGCUUGUCGCAUGGAUUAGUAACGUACAAAGGUUCUCACUGUAGUUGUUUUGACCAAGAAUUGGAAGUAAAUUGAAUGUACAUCAAUUAGAGAGAAGCUGGAAAAAAUGUAUUACAUCUGCACUAGAAACCAUUACACAGUCAUUAAAAAUAAUUA